CACUUAAUGAACUUGUCAACGUGUUGUCAACUGCCAAAAAAACUACAAAUCAAAAUUAAAAAAUUGUUUUUUAAAUCUGUGUUUUAAGUUUUAUUAACAUAAAUUUAGGAGAAUGCUCUAAAUUAUUAUGGAAACAGACGAGCCAAAUACAGAAUCUGCCCGUCAAUCUAUUGAUAUUGACGAGAUAAGCAUCGAUAUAUUGCCAGUUCUCUACGAAAUCAUCCGUAGUAUCGAAAAAGAUCAUCACGACAACACAGCUAAAACCAGAGAGUCACAAGAUUGCAGUCAAAAAGUUUUGGAGCUACAAAAACGUUUAAACCAAGCCAAAGCUGACAUUCGUAUGCUACCUGGCAUAGAGUUCAGCAAAGAACAGCAGCUGAACCACUUAGAAGCCUUAAAGACUCAGCUUCGUCUGAAGCAAGAACUGUUACAAAAAUACCGAAAUUUGUGCCCCUUCAAGUUCCAGAAACCUUAGAGCAAAAUUUCAUGUAAAAAACAGCAUGGUAUUGCGAUUCAUACUCCGAGUUUUAGCAAAUAAUGAACAGCUGGUACAGAGACUGAGCGAAUCGUACCCUAUGCGUAGGGCAGCUCAGAUUAUCGUCCGGGCAAUGUUCACAGGGAAAAACUUCAUUGAGGAAAGAAGACUACACGAAAAACUGACUCCGGAACAAUUUCAAGCUUUGAUGCGUGAAAUUUCGGUAGGUUUUCAAAAACAAGUUAAGCAAGUUCAAGAAAACAUUCAAAAAAAGAUGAAACAAUAGUUUUUUUGAGAAUAUAGAGUAAAAAUGAAAAAUACAAUAAUUUUUAUUGGUUCUCCUGAACAUAACGCAAAGAAAUCUUCAACCGAUUACAAAAACUUGUUUCUUGUGUCUCCGAACGAUGUGUUGUAUCGAAUUUUUACCUCUUUUGUGCCCCCAUUUAAUAAAUUUCGAAAAAUCUAUGUGGAUGUUUUAGGACCUUUUAUUUGCCUGGUUUUGCUGUGUUUUUUUUUGAAUUACGGUUAUUCUCUGAAACCCCAUAAAAUAGACAGGUCCCCCUUCGAGUCUAUUGUUUGUUUUUCUGUAAUUAUGCCCAUUUUGUCUUAUGUUUUACUAAAAUUAGGUCAGUCCAGCAUCAGUUUUUGGGAAACCUUGUGCGUUUUUGGAUAUUCCUUGUACGGUCAUCUAUUUACUUUAUUUCUAUCGUAUAUAUUCUUUCAAGAAACGAGCGAUGCUAUGUUUUUUAUCAGUUUGAUACUAGUAGGGGGCCCUAGUACUUUGAGGCUGAUUCUAGUUUAUUUAAAAACAAUACCAGUCCCUGGGGCAAGAUUACUAAUCUGUAGCAUAGUCUCUAUAGGAAAUAUUCUGUUUCUUAUUUAUUUAUAUUUUGCUUUCUUGCAUAGAAAUUAUAUGUAUAGUCAAACUGUUUAAAUAAAUUGAGUAAAUAAA